CGCAGUGAAUCAGUGGCUAAGUUUGUGUGUGGAGCAACUCUUUAGCUGCGACUUCAAAGGAAGAAGUGUAUCUUGUGUUUUCAGUUUCUGGUCUGUGCAGUUCUGUAGGAGGAUGGCAGACAGCAGCGCGGAGUUCACCAAGGACCUUUGCACUCCAGUUUUCACUGUGGACCUGGACAUCGUGAGAAGGAACUCGGACGCAAUGCUCGAGCGCUUCCUGAAACUCGGGGUGCAGCUCCGACCUCACAUGAAAACGCACAAGACAAUUGAAUGUGCGGACAUCAUGACCAGGGGCUCACGGCGGUGCAUCGUGGUGUCCACCUUGGCCGAGGCUUCUUUCUACGCCGAUGCUGGUUACGACGAUAUCCUCUACGCGUAUCCAAUAACGUCCGACAAAGUGAAGCGCUGUGCAGAUUUAUCAGAGAGACUUUCUUUGUUCCACGUCCUGGUGGACAACAGCUUGUCCCUGCAAGAGCUGAAGGCGAGACCGUUGAAGCAGGGCAAAGUCUGGAACGUAUGGUUAAAACUGGACUGUGAAAAUAGAAGAGCUGGCAUUCCUCACGCCAAUCCUGCAGCUCUCGAGUUAGCCAAGGAAAUUUCUGAGACUCCAGGGGUGGAGCUCACAGGGAUCUACGCCCACUGUGGAAACACCUAUGACUGCAAGGGGGAGGAGCAAACUAAGGCCAUCGCCCAGGAAACGACAACUAUCGUGUUGCAGUUUGUAGAGAAGCUUAAAGCUCUAGGAAUCCAGGAUGUAAAAUCCAGCAUUGGUUCCACCCCAUCAUGCAGCCACCCGGUUUCAGACAUGGCCAUGUUAAGUGAAGUCCAUCCUGGAAACUAUAUAUUUUAUGACGUGCAGCAGUCGCUCAUCGGCUCCUGUAGACUCGAGGAUAUUGCGGUACGGGUGCUGACGAGGGUCAUAGGUCAUUACCCUCAUAGAAACCAGCUCCUGGUCGACUGCGGCUGGGCCGCGCUGAGUCAUGACAGCAAAGGCUGUUUACCGACAGGCUACGCAGUCAUCGAGAACCAUCCAGAGCUGAAAUUGUUGUCAAUGACUCAGGAGCAUGGCCGAGUGGAGCCUGUCUCUGGGAAACUGGACUUCAGUCAGUUCCCUCUGGGCUCCAUGCUGUCCCUCUUUCCUUACCACGCUUGUGCUACAGCAAUGAUGCAUCCAGUAUAUAUUGUCCACUCCAAAGGAAAGAUUGUAGGCACUUGGAGACCCACACGUGGAUGGUAACCAGAAAAGAAAGUAACAGAACAGCAAGACUUCCAUCAGGAGUAGUUCAAACUUUAAAUUUAAAGCAUAUGUUAAUUAUUAACUUUCUUGUUAAAUGGGAUAUAACGGUGAAAAUUAAUUAUGUAGUCUUUACCUGUCUAAGACUCUACGAGGUGGCAUCAAAAAGUUUCAAGACUAGUUUUGUAACACGCCAACAGGUGGCAGCACAAGACUGCAAGCACAGUGACAGGGCGCACCGAGCUUAAUAAGUCAGUGUGCCAAAAGACAUCGUCCUCUGUACAUCAGAAAUGUGUAUUGCUGUGUGAAACUGGGCAAAUCUGUGAGUUUGACGUGAUUCUGCAAGCUUACGGCGAUGCUGCAUGAGUCGUUUGAGCGGCUUAGGGUGGCUUCCUAAGAGAUCAGGAAGAACUUCAACGAGCUUAACUCCCGAAAAUGGCGAAAACUUGAUAGUCGAAGCUAGGGCUGUCGCUAUCGAAUAUUUUAGUAAUCGAGUAUUCUACCAAAAGUUUAAUCGAGUUAUCUGAUAAAAUGUACGUUUGCUUAAUUAAACAGCAACGUAAAAUAUAUAAGAGAAACAAAGAUUAAUUGGUUUUCUUUUUAGAAAAAUCAACUUUUAUGUUUUAAAUGUAUACAGCAUUUUAUCAAAAAUAAACAUUGUCAUUAUUCACAAUACAAGGAAUAGCUACAUGGCUCUGUAAUGCACUUAAUUCAUCUCAAUCAACUUUAAGCUAUGCCUUGUCUUAUUUUAAAGACUUUUCUCAGAUGCAAAAACUAAAAAAAAAAAAAUGGUUUCAAAUGACUAAAUAUAAAAAAAAUACUAAGGCACACAUUAAAAUAAAUAAUUAUAAUUAUACAAAAACACUAAGUUGUGCAACUUAACUUUCAGGACUAAAAGGCAUAACAUUAGCUUUUACGGACAAUUUCUGUUGUUUUCUCCUGCUGGUUUCUUCAUCUCUUGGCUCGCUGAUAAUUUUAUCGCUCCCGUCCAUUUUGCAGCCGCAACAGAACGCUCCUCAAAUCAAUACACAGCUAACUGUUUGCGUCUCCUUCCGCUUUGUGGGUGACGUAAGCAUCCGAAAGCGCGAUGUGUCACGCCAAACAAAUAAUUGUGCAAAAACAUAACGCAUGCUUUUAAAAUUAAUUAAAAGAAGCUUCUAGGCAGAAGAUUUUGCCUCGAUAAUUUUUUGUUAUUACUCGAGGAAUCGUUUCAUCCCCAGUCGGAGCACAAUUCACACCAUUGUGUCAUACGGAACAGUCCAGGCGAUCUUCACGUGUGGUUUAAGUCUUGUUGUUCAUCUCCAGGCUGCUAAACCCAGGAGCAACACGCAAGAAACAUUGCGUCGAAGUCUGCUAGGACCUCCAUCAGCGUGCCGUGGAUGACUCGUCCUGCAUGUCGAGGAUCAUUACUGGUGAAAAAAACUUGGGUGUAUGGGUACGACCAUGAGAUGAAGCAAAAGUCUUCACAGUUGAAGAACCCAUCAUUUCCACGGCUGAAAAAAAGUGAGGCAGGUCUAUAGCGCAACCAAGUGCAUGCUCAUCGUCUUUUUCGACGGUCACAGUAUUCUGUAUCAAGAAUCUGUCCCCUGGGGCCAGACCGUCAAUAGCGAACUUUACUGCCAGGUUUUAAGGCGUCUAAGGUAGUACAUACUAUACGGAGAAAGUGACCGGUUCUGUGACGGAACUUUUUAAUGCCUCCUCGUAUAAGCCACAUCAGGGCAGUUUCAGAAUGCAUUUUGCAUUUUAAAUAAGAUGAAAAAGAAUGAAAUCAAUAAUCUCGGUUUUUACAUUGGUGUACUGUAUAAGAUAAGAUUAUUUUUUUGCAUCUUGCUCAUUGUUGCGCGCCCACACACACACACACACUCUAUAUGGCCAAAGUAAUGGACACCUAACUGUCACUGGAAAAAUCUAGUGGAAAGCCUUUCCAAAAGAGUGGCGCUUUAUAAUAAUUCAGUUUAAUUCAACUUUAUUUAUAUAGCACUUUUAACAAUGGUUAUUGUCUUAAAGCAGCUUUACAAAAAGAAAAAGAAAACUGAUGAAAGUGUGGCAGAAAAUGUGUCUAAAUAAUAAAGAGAUUGUCUCUGGUGAGCAAGCCAAUAGUGAAGGCGACAGUGGCAAGGAAAAACUCCCUGAGAUGGCAUUAGGAAAUAAUAGCAAAACGGGGACGAAAUAAGGAAUGGGAUGUACGUUAAGGUGUCCACAUACUUUUUGCCAUGUAGUGUACCGUUUUAUGAAAAUGUGUAUUCUUGUUAAACAUAGACUCUGCUUCACUUCCUUUCACCCAGUGUAGUGUAGUACUGUAGGUGCUAACAGUGCGUACACAAUGCACGGCUGCUGCUUCUACCACAGAGAGUGAAGGGUGAACCAGGAACCUCAAUUUAAUGAGCCAUAUUCAUUUAUUUUAAACUGACUAACUACCAAUAUACUGUAUAUUUUUUAAUGUAGAAUCUGAUUUUUUUUUCUUAUUAAAUAGUAUAAAUGACAAAAUGUAAUUCUUUAAUGUUUUUUACAUUUAUAAAUGAGCAGUAUCUUGAUGUAAAAUAUAUACAAUGUUUACGUAAAUAAA